UGCAGCUAGUUGUUUCUCAUGCAUCACGGUCAUUCUGGCUCCAAGGGAUUGGAUUCACCAACCCUUCGACAGGAGGAAUGCCUCUUGCUUCUAUAGGCAUGAUUUGCAGAGAUCAACAUAUCAUGCUCCGAGACACGCGGGCGCCUUCGUGACACAACUCUCUCUACCCUAGCCUUCCAAUAGUUGAACACUGAAAUCAUGUCACUAACUUCGUGCAGAUUUUUUUGCGUCCGGCCGUCUACAAAGAUGUCUUGUACACUGGACAGCCAUCCAGCUUGUUUUCGUUAUACAUACUAGGUACCUACCCAGCUGAAUUGCUCCUGCUGGUGUGCCGCGUAAGCGUUUCGUUGAUCACCACACCACGGUGUUACCCUCUGUACCUGUUGCUUAGAUGGACAAGUUUCACCUGUCACUAGAAGCGCGGCAUCCGCCAGACAGCGAAGACGCAAAAGAGCAUACGGCAACAGCUCGCCAAAGCGUCGACGAUGCUGAACAUCCCCAUGCGUGGGCCAGCAGCAUGAAUCCAACAAACGUCCUGCAAGCUCCGCGGAAGCUCGUGCUGUGCUUCGAUGGAACUGGCAAUAAAUUCAGGGGAGAUGAUAGCGACAGCAAUAUAUUAAAAAUCUUCAGAUGCUUGGAUCGUGAGGCCGAUCACUACUAUCAACCUGGAAUAGGAACAUACGUCGUCUCUAACUCGUUGUCUCACACAAGCCUGAGUGCUAGAAUCCGAUCAUGGUAUCUUAAGGCCAAGGACUCCGCGAUAGGCUCGAGUUUCGACCACCACGUUGUCGGUGGUUAUCGAUUCCUCAUGCGCUUUUACCAGCCGGGCGAUGAGAUUUUCUUCUUUGGUUUCUCUCGUGGAGCCUACGUGGCGCGAUUCCUGGCCGAGAUGCUGGACUAUAUUGGUCUGCUCUCUCACGGCAACGAAGAAAUGGUCACAUUCGCCUGGAAAGCUUUCUCAUCGUGGCAGAGUCGUCAAGCGGGGCAGACCGAAGAGCAUCAGGCUAAGCGACGAGAAAUGUAUCGUUUCAUGAAAGGCUUCCGAGAGACCUUUAGCCGACCCGUGAAGAGAAUCCGAUUUCUAGGACUCUUCGACACAGUUAAUUCCGUGCCUCGUUUCGAAACAGCUUGGAUGCAAAGAUCGAAAAUGCCGUAUACAGCGAGAAGCAGCGCUAAGGUCAUUCGGCAUUGCGUAUCCAUAGACGAACGGCGCGCCAAGUUCAGACAGGAUCUCAUUUACCAAGGAGCCAGUAAAGGCCAAAGACACCGACACUUGCACGAGAUAGUCCACGAGAAGUAUCGCACAAAGCGAAGCGCCGUUAUGGGGUCUAACUCAGACGGAAAGCCGGAGCGAGGGCGUCGUGAAACUCUAGCACCACCCAAAGAACAAGCAUUCCGGCCCCAUUCGAGGUCUAGAUCUCGGACGACAAAAGAUUCUGUUGACUUAACAAGCCAGGCGGGGGAUUACCACUCCCGUAUCGUAGACUAUGGCGAAGAGUCGGAUGACGAUGAACAGGAUAUCGAUGAGAUCUGGUUUGCUGGUGGUCACGCAGAUGUCGGAGGUGGGUGGGAGAUCAGUCUAGACAGCAAGUCUACCAGUCACGUCCCCCUGACGUAUAUGAUCCGAGAAGCCCAAAGGGCAGGUCUGACUUUCGAUCACGAGAAACUGGUUGAAAUGGGUGUUACUGAGCUAUCCAGCGAUUCUGACUGCAAUAACAAUCAUGUUGAUGGCCCCCUGCCCGAUAUUCGCAUCGACAAGCCGAGCCCACAGAUCGGAAUGUCUCAAACUGGUGCCGAACCUACAGUUUGGGAUCACUUUAAUUACACCGGGGAUGAAGAAAAGAAUGAGGUUCGACCUUUCCAUGAUAUGCUCCACAAGGCACACUUGGCCAGAAUUCACGACUCCCUUGAAUUUUCGUCAGGUCUCACCAUAGGCCAAGUGUUGAGUUGGAAGAUAAUGGAGUAUAUGCCUUUCAGACGAAUGGAUUUGCAGCCUGAUGGAUCGUGGAAACCUAUCCGUUAUCCCCUACCGCGCGGAGAGGUGCGGGAUAUUCCUAACACUGGGGUUCACGGGUCAGUAAUUCGACGGAUGAAAGAGGAUAAAACUUACCGGCCUGGAAACCUGAUUAUCGGUGGGGGCGGACGUGGAAUGCGCAGAGCCCCAGAUGAGUACGGUACCGGAGACUGGGAAUGCGUUCAAGACCAUGGUGAUCCGGUUGGCGAGGUUUGGGUCAGGAAGACGACAGGUCAGAACCGAGCUUGA